AUGAUCACUUCUCGGGUUCUUCGUUUCCCCCGAAAACCGUUUGUUGACCUCGAUUAUUCAAGGCAUAUGCCAGCUGCCUACGUGGAACGAACCAAGAGAACAGUGCCGAGAAAAGUUUUUGGAGAUCGAUUUGGAGCACCUGAUAUUAAAAUGUACUAUGUACAUCCAGAUGACUACCUACCAUCUCAUCGACGUCCGUGGGAAGAUAAACAACUAUCCUCCCAUUUGCAGAGAUCGGACAAAUAUUUUUCUGCACAACUUUCAAACAAAUAUUUCGAGCUUCGUCGCCCGAAGUCUGAAAGAAUGCCGGAUACUGAAUGGACAUUUUUCCCAGGAGAUCUUGUUCAAGUUAUGGUUGGAAAAGACAAAGGCCGACAAGGACUUGUGCUAACGAUCAGCAGAGAUUCCAGUGAGGUAGUCGUUGAUGGUUUGCACACGAGGCUUGGAGAGGAUAUGGAGGGAAGUGAAAAACUGGGAGUCGACAAAACACUCAGAUGGCAAGAACAACCACUUUCAGUGUCUAAGAAACAAGUUAUGUUGGUGGAUCCAAAUGAUGAGAAUCCAUGUGAGGCUAGAUGGCAAUUGAAUGCGUCUGCGGAUGAAUACAUUCGAGUAUCAACUAGAAGUGGCUACGAGAUUCCAAUUCCAUCGCAAGCAAAAGUCACCUACGAGUAUCUCCAGCCAGAGAAUUAUAUUGAGGUGGAAGGUAAAGACACACCUUCGGAUGCUGUUUUGGAGAGGACUUACAUGCCAAGAGUAGCAAGCUUCGAACAAGAAAUAAUGGAAGAAAUGGGCAUCAAAGAGGACAGAACCCCGAAACCAACCUUCUGGUACUAA